AUGGGUGCUGAGGAUUCUUUCAGUGAGACCUCAUUGACUGAAAAGCUGACCAAACUCAAUAGUUCUCAACAAAGUAUAGAGUGUAUCCUUUCCACCAUUGUCUGUUGGUGCAUUUCUCACCGUGAAAAAGCAAAGCAAGUUGUGGAGACAUGGCAGGCACUGUUUAAAUCUGUACCUAAAGAGAGAAGAGUUUCCUUUCUAUAUCUGGCCAAUGAUAUACUGCAAAAUAGCAGGCGUAAAGGCAGCGAGUUUGUGAAUGAAUUCUGGAAGGUUCUUCCGAAGGUGCUGAAAGGUGUUUGUGAUGGUAGGGAGGAGAAUUGCAAAAAAGUAGUGUCCAGGCUGAAGAAUGACCUGCUUAGUGGAGGGCCUAUAUCCAAUAUGUCUGACAUCUGGACAGAAAAAAAAGUUUUUGGGUCAAGGGGUGAAAAACUGAAAAUUGAAUUUCAGAGCAAGAAAUCUUCUCCACGCAAGAAACCUUCUCCGGGCAAGAAUCCCUCUCCGGUCAAUGUUGAAAAGAAUUUGAAUCCCAUCAAGAUUCUUAAGAGAGAUGCUAACUCAUUGAGGAUUCUGGUACUUGAAGAAACUGUCAAUGAAGAAGAAACCUUAAAAAAUUGCCAAGAUGCUGCUUUAUACCUGUGUGAUAUAGAGAACGAUGUUAACGUUUCUCCUCCAGAUAUCCAGUCACUAAUGAACGGGCCCCUCAAAAGGCCCAAGUUGGAGAAGCCCGCAACUCAGUUAAGCCUUGGCAAGCCUGAACAGCCCGACCCGGCCCGUUUUCAAGGGGUCGCGGGCCUGUCUCCACUCGUCCAGCCUUUUCUUCCUCCCCCGCCUGGUUUUCCGGCCGUUCAGUUGGCUCAGCCGAGUUAUUGCCACCUGGCACGAACGGCGGGUAUUAUGGGCCUCCGCCUGUGA